AAGUUCGUCAGUGCGUGGUGGUUAGUAGAAAACGUUCAGCGUGUUUUUAAACUUAGCUUUAUUUAAGAAUAACUUUAACACUCAGCAACUGAUUUGAUCUGCUGAGAAGAAUAGUUCUUAAGCUACUGUUUGAAACAGCGGCAGGGAGAGGGGAAACAUGUCAGACAACGAGGAUAACUUUGAUGAUGGAGAUUUCGAUGACGUUGAAGAAGAUGAAGGACUGGAUGACCUGGAGAAUGUGGAAGAUGAAGACCAGGAGAAUGUGCAGAUACUGCCAGCAGGGGAGGGGCAACAGGCGAACCAGAAAAGAAUCACCACCCCCUACAUGACCAAGUACGAGAGAGCCAGGGUUCUGGGGACCCGUGCACUGCAGAUAGCAAUGUGUGCCCCAGUAAUGGUGGAGCUGGAAGGAGAAACUGACCCUCUUCAAAUUGCCAUGAAGGAGCUCAAGAGCAGAAAGAUCCCUAUCAUCAUCAGGAGGUACCUGCCGGAUGGGAGUUACGAGGACUGGGGCUGUGACGAGCUUAUCAUCACAGACUGAGACGGUUCAACUUGAACUAAACUGCAGCAAGACUGCACCAGAACAGCAACAGAAGCUCCUCUCAGACUGCCAAGCAGAACCAGAGUCACCCAGCUGCACUGACUGAACACUCGAGACAUUGCUGAGCUGAUGCACAGAGGCAUGUAGUGAACCAGAGAAACCCAUUCCCCUUCAUCUAUAUGGACUGAGAUGUGUGCUGGUGCUGUGCAGCUGUCUGUCGUGUGCUGAAGCUUAUCUCCCAUAGAGACCAGUACAUUUUUAAGUGAGAGCAGCUGUUUGUAAUUGCAGCUAUCAUCCACAAGAGGGACUUGUAAAUCAAAAAAAAACUAAACGCACCACUUGCAUCUAUGUUGUUUGAAUUUGGUGUGCGUUUGACCAUACUUUUGAGUUUUGAAAAAAGUUUUGAA